ACAGAUUCUCCAAGGGUGUUUCAUCCUCUCUAAAAUACUCAGCUGACACGGCAAGGAUUGCAAAGCACAACCCCCAGCACCGAACGCCAUAUAAAUAGAAGGCUCCCAGCUGGGUGGAAUGUUAGAGAAGUUUCUCGACCCUGAGCACAAACAUUUAUUUAAGCUCCUGCCAGGGAUCGGAAGGGAAAGGGGCAGGUUGGCAGAGGAAAGAAGCGUCUUAAGUUUGGGAUUUUCUCGCUCCCUCGAAGGGAUUUUUCACCAACAAGAGCCGGACAACGUUGGGAGUUUUGGCCUCACUCCGUGUUGUUUUUGACUGAGAAGAAAAUCAUGGCUGACAGCCAGCUGCCCUUUUCCUGCCAUUACUCCCCCAGGCACCGAAAUGUCCGAGACCGAUUCAGAGAGCCUGGCUUGUCCUCUCGACUCCUGGACGAUGACUUCGGAAUGUGCCCCUUUUCCGGGGACCUGACUGCAGACUUGCUGGACUGGGCUCGCCCACGACUGACCAGUACCUGGCCCGGUCCACUGCGAUCGGGAAUGGCCCGAGCCUCUGGCAUGCCCCCUCCUGGCUACGGCUCCAGGUUCAGCAGUUACCCUGAAGGUCGGAGUCCUGCUCCCUUCUCUGGGGAGCCCUGGAAGGUGUGUGUCAACGUGCAAAGCUUUAAACCCGAGGAGUUGACGGUGAAAACCAAGGACGGCUAUGUGGAAGUGUCAGGCAAACAUGAAGAGCAACAGGAAGAAGGAGGAAUAGUCUCCAAGAACUUCACCAAGAAAAUCCAACUCCCAUAUGAGGUGGAUCCUGUCACAGUUUUUGCUUCCUUAUCGCCAGAGGGUCUGCUGAUUAUUGAAGCACCACAGAUUCCACCCUACUGCCAGUACGGAGACAGCAGCUAUGGCAACGAGAUCCCAAUGGACAGCCAAGAAGCAACCUGUGCUUAAAGUGUCUUCCCCGUUCCCUUUCUUCCUGCUCCCUCCCUGAAAAGAUUUCUCUCCAAUUCCAGAUGUGAUUGCAUUAGCUGAAUGGAAGUGUACAUUGGAUAUUUUCUUAAAGGGCCCUGUUUCCUCACAUUUUACACACAUAUAUUCUUGUUCUAAUCAGAUUGAUUUUGCGCUGGGAGAAGGUGGUUGACUGUAGGUAUCCAGUAUCAUUACUAACGUUGUUCUUUGUAAUACGGUUGCACCUAGAUGGCCUAAGAGAGCUCAGAGCCCUGUUGUGCUAGGCACUCGACAUACACACAGUAGUAGGCAGUCCCUGUCCCGAUGAGCUUACAAUCGAAAUAGACGAGACAGAUGAACGAUGGGAGGUGAAACAGAGGCAAAGUGACUUGCCUGAGGUCGUACUCAAAGUCAUUGGCAGAGCCAAGAAUAGAACCCAGGUCUCUUGACCUCUAGUUAAGUGCCUUAAUUACGAGACCAAACUGCACUUCGCUAUUAUGGGUCACUUAUUUUUCUCCGUUAGCUGACACUGACCAGCAUGGGGCAGAGAAUUUACCAUAGCAAGGUCCAAGCAGUGGUUGAAAUCCCCUUACAAACUGCUCAUGGGCUCUGAUCCUAGCUAGUCUUACUGAAACUGGAGUAGAUAAUUCCAUAGCUCCAACUUCUCUCUUCGAUACUUCCCCCUCAGCAAUAAGUAUCCAAUACAGCCCACAGUUUCACCAAGGUUUUAUAGAGGUCUUACGUGCUCCAAUAUUGUUUAUCUGUAUAUCAGACAGAACAAAGUGGAUGUCUUCUUUAUUAUUAUUAUUUUGCUAUAUGUUAGAGAUGGAAUAUUUAUGACAAUAUCAAAAAUCUUUUCUCCUCUUCAAUUCAAAUGCAACUCUAUAGUCAUACCAAUUGUGCAUCUUUUUCUUUGUCCUUAUUUGAACUACUGCUCUUUACAGCCUCUUGCCAGUAUCUGCACUAGUGAUGGACAGCUGUUGCUUCGUAGACAGACAAACUGACAGAUCUGACAUAUUUCAAAAUGUGUGCAUGUUUGGAACCUUUUUCCCAAAGAGGAUUUGUGCUUUUAUUGGACAAACUUGAUGAAUAAAACUAGUUCACAUUCUUA